AUGGAAAAACAGUCAACAAAACUGGUGGUUCUUCAUGUCUGGAAAAAUCCACCUUUUGUAGGUGUGCCGGGAGGCCUCUGCAGAACAACCAAACCAGUUGAACUUCAACUUCUAUUUUCUUUGCUUGCUUUAACAGUUGUUACUCAACCAAGCCCAUCAGUUUCUCAGCCUAGCACUUCACAGAAUGAAGAGAGAGCUCCUGAACUGCCCAAACCAAAGAAGAACAGAUGUUUCAUGUGCAGAAAGAAGGUUGGCCUUACAGGAUUUGACUGCCGAUGUGGAAACUUGUUUUGUGGACUUCACCGUUAUUCUGACAAGCAUAACUGCCCAUAUGAUUACAAAGCAGAAGCUGCAGCAAAAAUCAGGAAAGAGAACCCAGUUGUGGUGGCUGAAAAAAUCCAGAGAAUAUAAACUAACCUACUUAUGAAAAGACUGACUGACUUUGUUUUAUUUUAAUAUAUCCUAGGAAAACAUUAAAGAGCAGAUGCAUGGCCAUUUUCCUUUGAUGUUCUCCAUAGUUUUACUUUUAGUCUUGUCUGUCUUAAUGAUAUUUCAGAAUAUUUGGGUGUUUGUUACAGGCAGAAUUAGAUAGAUACAGCCCUUGAAAAUGUAUAUGCCCUCCCCAGAAUAUAAUUGGAUGAUCAGAACCUGCACAGGAAUACACGUGCACAGAGGACAAACUCUAGUUCACAUGUGCCAAACAGAUGUGUACUAGCUGCACGUUUGCAGCAGAUCUGCCUUUUGAGGUGUUUGAAGUGUAUAGUCUUUGGCUAGUGUUAUGUGCCUGUUUGGGAGAAGGAUACAUCGGAAAGGUUUGCAGUCUACUUCUAUCAUUUAAAAUCUCAUUCUAAUUUUAGUUUCCACACUCCAUUGUUUUCCAGCAGAACGUAAGCUAUAUAGAAGUCUGUCAUCCAGUAGGAUGAGUGUUGGUGCCACGUUUAAGAAACAGUUGCUUAACAGUUGCAGUGGGAAAAGUGAAAAAGUCAAUGUGUAUGAGAGGAGGACUAUUUUGGAACCAAUUAUAUUACCUUUAGAAUCAUGAAAAUGGGUUCCCAAAGGAAAAUGUCCUGUAAGAAACUUGUGAACUGGCCUGCAACAGUUGUCUGCUUUUCCUCGCAUAGCUAAAAAUGUUGUGUAGCACAACAUUGUAAGAUUGGCUUACAAAACAAAAGCUACGUAUGUUUUUAUACAUACCACAGCAGCUUAAGCGACACAUGCACCUGAUAUUUGAGCAGUUUAUUCAUAUACUACUAAUGUUCAAUGUGUUCUGGGUUCAAAAGAAUAUUGGGAGCUUUUUUAUUUUUUUGUAGUUUUAAAUUUAACAAUUGCGCUGUUCUGCAUGGAAAACCAUACCCAACAUGGCUGCUGUAGACUUAAAUGGUAGCUGGAACCACUCUUGGAGGGCUACUUUAUCAUUUUUAGUUGUACUUGGGUGUAGGACUGUAGUGUUCUUGGGUGUAUUGCAUGGGCUGCAUUAUCUACAGCAUUGUACAAUAACUCUAGAAAAGUCAGUAUACUUCACUGAUGCUUGUCUGGUAAUAUCACUUCUGUGUUAUAAUGGAAGGUUUUUUGUGAUGUAUGAAACUUGUUGAUUUUUAUAUAAACAAGUACACUUUAGACUAGUGUUGUGGUAAUGCCUGUUCUCAUCUGUAAAUAGUUACGUAUGUACACAAGGCGCUACUUCUGACUUUAAUUGCAGUGUUCAGUCUUAGUUUUUACUUCACUACUAAAAGCAUCAGAUUUUUGCUUUAACUUUGUUCUUUCAAUUGAGUUAUUAGAUAUGCAAACAUGUACAGAUCAUAUUUAUGUAUUGCACAUAAUCAUGCUACCCUGCAUCUAUGCUAUAUUGUGUUAUGUAAAUAAUAAAAAUCGUGUACAGAAGGAAAUACUUCCUUUUGUGAUAGUUCAUUGGUUUUAGUUAUUGCCGUAACCUGAAGUUGGCCUUGUGGAGAUUGGGCUACAAAGUUAGUACUAGGUUUGUAUAGAUGUCGUCUUUUUGCUUAAACCUGCCUAUUUCUAACCUUUGUUUCUUAUUUUGAUGUAACAACUUGUCUAAGAUGACUUGUUGAGGUCAGAGAAGCAUUAACAGCUGGAAUACAGAUAACUAUUUGAUGGCCAGACAAAAAUGUCAGUAAACAACAAUGUGCUUAAAGGGAGCAAAGGAAAACACUAGCAGUGAACUUCAACAUUUGUAGGCAAAAGAAAAAAAAGCCUUUAUUUCCAGUGGAUCUGUUAUAAUAGAGCCAGUGCAGUGACUAUGUUGUUCUGUCCAAAUCUUUGUCAGCAGGCCUGGGCAGAGUUGUUGUUGGGGUCUAUAUCUGAAUAUGGAUGUCAAAUAUGCCAGACCUACCCUUCCUAAUGACAAAAGUACAGAGCCCACAGCACAUGUUAACUUGGAAGAAGCUAUCUUCACUGCUGGAUAACAUAAGUUGCUUGUACCACAAAUGGAUAUUGUGCAUCCCACCAGUCAGCUGAAACUAAAACUCAAGUGAUAAGUUGCUGCUGCUGCCACUAUAUAUACUUUUGAUAAGGGAACAAGGGCAUGCUCUGGGCCUUCAUUUGACAGGAUAAAUUUUAUGACUUAAUCAUGGAACUGCUUUAAAGCAGUUCCAUUUUUUUUUUUUUUUUUUUCUUUUCACUUUUUGUACUAAAGCAAAAUCAACUAUUAACUGCAGCAUAAAAUGCUUUCUCUUUUGAAUCUGAGAACACCUUGGACCUGGAUAUUUAAAGAGAAUGAGUCCAUAUUUGUGCUAUUGUCAUAGCUAGGGUAUUUUAGGAAGGUUAGCUGUGCUGAUACCAGUACUUAAUGAUUCUGACUUCUUGAUUUCACCUUUAUCUGCUUUUUCAUAUGAACAAAGGCUGUACUUGGGAAGGCUUGUUGAAAUCAUUGAUCUCUGUAGAUCUGUGGAAGAAAGUAUGGAAUGAAAAAUCCCUCAUUGUUCUGUAUGAUCAUGAACUGUCUCAUAUGUAAGUUGCCCACAGGUGGGGUAUGAGCCUAUAUUCUAAACUAAAUUUAUAAGCUCCACUGAGCUUUGUGUUAAUAAUUCAUAUAGGAUGUGUAAUCUUUCAGGAGCCGUAAUUCAGUUGAGGCUCAUCAAGAAUUCAAAGAGAGGGGGAAGGUUGUUUAGUAAGAGCAGGUAAUGAGAAAGUGUAAUAAAUGUAUAUUUAAACUUUGAUGCAAACACUGUGGUACAUUUUUGGCAAAAAAAGGGU